CACAGCUGUUGAGUCUGACAGUGCAUGCUGUCAGAAUGAUUUGUGAUUAGUUUGUGUCUUAUUAGAAGUUUAAUUUUAGUGCAUUAUCAUUACAUAAACUUAAGAAAUGUAAUUAAUCAGACGCAAGAACUCAUUCGUAGGUGGUUGUACUUCUUCGCCGUUCAGUUGCGUGAAGUACAGUCAAGAGAAUUGAAUGACCCCAAGCGACAGAUAAUUGCAAAUCUCACUUUCAGACGCAAACACUCUCAGACAUGAUACUCGUUUUGAUGGCAGAUAGGGACGAGCACUUGUUUACCAUUACUUCGGAGAAGUGUGUUUACGAUUGGGGAUAAUACUCAGAGUUCUGCCCUCAAAUAUUGUAGCUACUUUAUAGAAACAAAUUCUAGUCAAUUCGUGAUAUUUAAUGCUAAUUAAGUAGUGUGCUUUGGAGCAAGUUGCGCCGACAAAUGGAUACCGAAAGCGAGGGCACGCCAACCAGAUAUAAAUCACGCCACGGUUUCUUCAGUUUCUUCGGUAAGCGAUCUAUUCGCGUCGAACCGGUUGGAGACUUGCCCAAUUCGAAUAGCCAUGAAAUCGCAGAAAUGAAUGGGAAGACACACACAAAAGAGGCGGCCUCUUCGCCUAUCAAGCGAGUACGGAAAAAGCACACGAAUCAAUCUAGUCGACAAGAAAGCGAUCAAUUCUCAUCUUCUAGUCUUAAGGUCAAUAAUAAUCGUCUAAGCCACCAAUUUUCUUUAUGUUGCACGAACCAUAAAAAGCCCAGUACGCCGCCAGUGAGUGUUCGCUACAAUUCGUUGCCCAACUGUAAUAUCAGUACGCAACCGAAACCGCGUGUUGAAGAGAUCCCGCUAGCACCAUUGGCAUCAAUGGACGAUACGAACAGCGCUCCGACAACCCCGCUACAUAGUGUCGGGGAUCAUUUCGCCAACAGUAACAGUUCUCCGUCAGCGCGGUCUGUGCAAAGCACUCAAAGUGAAACGCAGCCGCGGUCGAUUGCGAUGUCGGCGUGCCGGUCACGUCUACGUCUUAAACUUCUCCCACCUGGAAAAUCUUUAUUGGACGUGGAUACGGGGGCAGGUGGUGACGCCAGAGAACAGCACUCGUCCUCACCCAACAUUUCCAAUCAACCCGAAUCUCAGUUUCUUAUUCCCAACAAUAUUCGUUCGAAUUCGCACGAAGGAAUUCAGUGCAUUCACCGAUCCGAGGUGGCGAGCAUGGACUCUCUGGCAAGGCAGUCCUUAGUCGCUGCUCAUGUAUUACAUCUGAUACCGACUGAGAAGGCUAGAGAAAGGAAUUAUCUUGCUGGGAGGUUGGCCGUUAACUCCCUUCUCGGACCUGGAGAGCUCAACAGAAUUCUUCCGACGAAAGAAGUGAAAAUUUUCGUGGGAACGUGGAAUAUGAACGGUCAAGUCCCACCAAAAGAAAUGAACGACUUUGUCCUGCCAACCGGUGUUGAGCACGUUCCCGAUCUAGUUGUUAUCGGUACUCAAGAAUCGUGCUCUGAACGAUUUGAAUGGGAGGUAACCCUCCAGGAAACACUUGGUCCAUCGCACAUUCUUUUUCAUUCUACCAGUUUGGGUACAUUACAUUUAGCAGUAUUUAUUCGACGCGAUCUAAUUUGGUUUUGUUCGGUGCCAGAAGAAGCUAGUAUGUCUGUGCGUCCAGGAACAGCGUUCCGAACGAAGGGCGCGGUGGCGAUAUCAUUCUGUCUGUUUGGCACAUCAAUGCUUUUUGUGACAUCGCAUUUGACCGCUCAUCAGCAGAAAGUUAAAGAGAGAGUUCACGACGUCAAGCGGAUCAUACAUGCUCUAGAUUUGCCUAGAAAUUUAGCUAUGAAACACAAAAAUAAGGAUGUGACUCAAAACUUUGAUUGUGUUUAUUGGUGUGGUGAUUUGAAUUUCCGGAUUGGUGAGCCUCGAGAAAAUAUUAUGAAGUGGAUUCAGAAUACUAAGUUUCCAUUGCCACCACACCUACCGCAUGGCUAUAUGCACAAGGAUCAGCUAUCGUCGGUUCUUUCGGAUGGCGCAGCGUUUAAAGGCUUCAUGGAAGCUAAUAUUACAUUUCCGCCUACGUAUAAGUAUGAUCCCGGUACCCAGCAAUUUGAUACGUCUAGCAAACAGAGAGCUCCCGCCUAUACAGAUCGCAUAUUGUACAAAUAUAGACAACCAAUGUCGGCAAUAAGACGUGGAAGUGCCAUUGCAGGUACAUUAUUUUCGCAAUGUCCUCCGCCAAUAGUAUGUCUCGCAUAUGAUUCCGUCCCAAGUAUUACUUCAUCUGAUCAUAAGCCUGUGUGGGCUUUGUUUCGCAAUGCAAUACGUCCUGGAGUUGAUUCAAUACCUCUGGCAGCUGGGCUGUUUAAUCGCGACGUGUACUUAGAGGGUAUGCGACGUAGAUUGAAUAGUUUUCGACCCGGUUCAUCUGCUGUAUGUUCAAUACAAUAAAAGGACGCUAAAGUUGCCUAGUUUUAGAUUUAUUUUUACAUCCCUAACAAUACGAUUGGUUUUACUUUAACUGGAUUUGUGAUUUUUUAAGCGUUGCAAUAUUUGAAGUGAUUGGCCUUGAUUUUUUUCUUAAGACAAUUUAUAUUUAAAAGACAUUUCUUCGAAUAAAAUUCAUGAAAGAGCAUG